GGCUGAACAUCCGCAGGUGGAAAUAAAACCACCUGAACAUCCUGCAUGCAGGCAGAGAGAGAUGGGUGGAGACUCUGCAGAGUUAAAAACUCCACCUGACAGCUCAGAGCUCCAGACUCAGGUGUGAGGACAGACGUCGUCUGCACAGUGAGAGCUUCUGUUUGUGGUUUUAACUUCCCAGCCAAGUAAAGAUGUCCAUCUUCGGAAAGUUCCUCAAAGGCAUCGUCCGUGACAGAAACCCCACAGACGACACGGUCAAGGUGAAGGGUAAAGUGAAGCCUAAAUUUUACGGAACAGUCCCUCCGUAUCCAAACUUCAACGCCAGCAGCGACGCUUCAGUCCUCCAGAGCGCCAUUGAUAGCAAAGAUGUGGACGAGGACGUGAUCAUUGCAGUUCUGGUGAAGAGAAACAACGAACAGAGGCAGAAGAUCAAGACGGUUUAUGAAGCUUCUACUGGGCAGAGGCUGGAAAAAGACCUGAAAUCAGUUCUCAGGUCAGAUUUAGAGGACGUCUCUCUGGCUCUGCUGAUGCCGCCGGCUCACUUUGACGCCUACCUGCUGAGGAAAGCCACCAAACGUCUGGGGACAGACGAGGACGUCCUGGUGGAGAUUUUUGCAACCAGAACAAACCAAGAGAUUCAGGAGAUAAAGAGGGUCUUUAAAGAAGAGUAUGGAAAAGAUCUGAAGGAAGUUAUUGAAGACGAGACCAGCGGCGACUUCACCAAAGCUCUUCUGGCCAUGAUGGAUGGAAAAAAAGACGAGGACCACGAAGUAGAUGUCGAUCUGGCCCGAAAGGAUGCAGAGACUCUGUUCGAAGCAGGUGAGAACACUAAAGGAAUCGACGUCUCCACGUUCAUCGACAUCCUGACCACACGGAGCGGCCCUCAGCUCUCUAAAACGUUCCAGCAGUACGCUGCCGUCAGCGACAUCACGUUACCUAAAGCCCUGAACUUAGAGCUGAGUGGAGACAUUGAAGACUGUCUCAUUGAUAUCGUGAAAUGUGCCUGGAACACACCAGCUUUCUUCGCUGAGAAGCUGCAUCUGGCCAUGAAGGGUCAUGGCACCUGUGAGGACACUUUGAUCAGAGUACUGGUGAGUCGCUCUGAGGUUGACCUGAAGAAGAUCGUGGAGGAGUACCGGGCCAUGUAUGACUUCAGUCUACAGGAGGACAUACUGAAGGACACUAAGGGACAUUAUGAGCAAGUACUGCUGGGAUUGUGUGGACCUUAUUGAAGUUUUAUCAUCACCGCUUUGGAAAUGGAGGCCAAAAUAAUCUCAGAUGCCACUAAAAUCUCACAUCUUUAAUAAUCACGAUGAAUUCUUGACUAAUCUGUCCUACUGAGCUGAUGUUCAAAUAAAGCCAUUAUCACAGCAACAAUGCUGGAAGCAUCUCAUACCUUCUUUCUGGUAAAACCCAUUUGUCUCAGCUUUUUUCAUGUUCUCAGAUGUUGUGUUUUUACCUUUUGGGAAGAUGCUGUAGUCCCAUGUUUGAUAUAUUUGGUAAACAAUUGUAAGUGAUGCUGAAGACAAAAAGAAGGCAUAAAUAUUUUUCUGUGAUCUUUAAAUCCAAUGCAUAACAUCUUAGUGUAGUCCUGUUCCUUAAUUUCCUCAUUUAUCAAAAUCCAUAUCUGUUUCAGCACAUGAGAGAUGAGAAUAAGGUAGCCUUGUACUUUAUGUAUUUUUCUUUUCCUUCUGUUUUACAGUGAAUUCACUUGCAGGCUACUUCUAAUUGUGCAUUGAACUCUAAAUUUGCAUGGUCAGUUACAUUAACUUCCUAUGUUUUAAUGUGGAGGAGAAGCGGAAAGAUUGAAAAAGCACGAACCAUAUUAAUUAGAUUCUCAGCUAAGGAAUUAUAUUGGCAAACUUGUUGAGCUUUGUUAGUAUUCCUACCAAACCAAGCUGUGCUGUUACGGUAUUGUGUACUUUGCCUUGCAUGGCCAUGGAAACAUGUAUUCAAAUUAGUUUUUAUUUUUGGUUGAAAUUUUAAGUCAUAAUUUGUAAUAUUACUUCUUCUCCAUUAAAACAAUCUGCUGACUGAG